AAUAAUGCCUGUGAUUAGGGUACUGAUGGAUACUCUUUCCCAUGUCUCCUCAUCAAUAGUCACUCUUCCUUCUCUUGUUGUUCUAUAAUGACACAUCAGCUGGCAUCACUUCACAAUGAUUUACAUGGAUUCGAGUUAGAAAAUAGUCUAUUUUAAUUGUUGUUAUUGUUGUUGUUGUUGUUGUUUGCAUGUUCCCAGACUGUCAUGAGUACUUUAAUUAAUUCUCAUGCUCGCUCUGUGGAAUCUGUAAAAAAGGGAAAUGUAAAAAAGACAAAAUACUGUAAAGAAGCUCUCAGAAACAACAUCGCAGCCAGCCAGACAACAGAUCCUCACACGUCUUGAAAAUAACAACACCUUGAGACUGAUUGGUGAUCGUGGCACUCUGGGCACGAGUCCUUUACUCAACUGGUUUUGAGACUACCGGGCAGUUCGGACUGGCAGCCACACUUCCUCCACUCUAGUGUUGAUCAGCGGAGCCCCCCAGGGCGCUGUGCUCGGCCCCCUCCUGUUCACCCACGACACCUCCGGUCUGUAAUAAAAGUAGUUUUCAAAAAACCCAACUUUGAUGUGGGAAAAGCUCCUUUUUUUUUUCUUCUUCUUCUUCUUCAAAUCUCCAGCUGACUUAAUGAGUCAUCAUCCGUCAUCGUUUAGGAACACGUGAGGGAUGUAAAGUCACAAGAGGGUGUUUUUUUUUAUGGCAGACCGUCAAGGAGGCGGGGGGGGGGAAGCAACCGUCAGAAUGAUUACGUAAGAUAGCAGUCACCGGACCCGCUUUACAGGAAGGAAACCCGGUCCUCCCGCUCCCCUUUGUGCAGUCUCAGGCCACAUGACGGUCUACGUGUCCGGUCAGACUCUGGCAUGCGGAGAGGAGGAAGAAAACAAACUGCGAUGGAAUGUCACGUUGCUAUGGCGAAGAACUAACGCACCACGCCAACAACAGACGAGAAAACCGGUUCAUGGGAUUGAAGAGCAUGUGACUCUCGCCCCGUCGGUCUGAUGUCGUGCAGAGAUCAAAUAUCUGCAAACUGUGAUUACGCCACACGAUCAGGACACGUUCAUUCUUGUCUUUUUUUUUUUUUUCUUUUUGUAUUUUCACUCAUUUAUUAUGAUUUUUACAUCACAGGCUAUAGAAUUUUUUAUUUUUUUUUUGUUAAAAAGUUUGGCCGUUAACUCAAGACAUUUCAUACGAUAAUUGGGACGAUUUCACAGAAAUGUCUAAAUAGGAUCAAAUGAUGACUGCGACUUGACUGAGAAGAAGAAAGACCUCCCGGCUCAUCCGUCUUCUCUCCAUUUGGCUCUAAAUGACGAGUACUAACCACGGACUUCCUAUAGCUUUCUAGGUUCUCCUUUCAGAGCCUCUGUGCACGUGUCCUCCCCCUGAAAGCAUCUUUUUGAUUACGGUUGAGUCACAGAAAUGAAAAGCUUUUUUUUUGUAAUUCUUUUUUCCUUCUCCUCUUGUGCUGCUCCUGUGUUUUGCUCCGCAGGGGGUCCACAUGGAGGAGCCGGAGCCGGAGGAGCAGUUCCUCAGAUUCGCCCGGAACGGAGAUCUGCCGGGAAUCCAGAGGCUCCUCAUGUCCACGAUAAGGGAGGAGACGCACAUCAACAUAAACUGCAGAGGUAAGAGAAAGGCUAAUCUGGGAUGGACGCCUCUUCACCUGGCCUGCUACUUUGGACACAAAGAUGUGGUGGAGGAAUUACUGAAGGCAGGCGCAGACGUUAACUUGCCCAAUAACGUCGGGGACACACCGCUGCACAAAGCGGCCUUCACGGGGAGAAAGGAGGUCGCCAUGCUGCUGCUGCACUAUGACGCAUGUGCUACUGUCAUCAAUGGGACAGCACAGAUUCCCAAGGAUGUCACUCAGAAUGCAGAGAUCAGAGGCAUGCUGGAAGCGGCCGAGAGAACGGAGGAGAGGAAACUGGAGGAGGAACUCCUGGAAGCUGCCCGAGAAGGAGACCUCUCGACUCUCACUCAGCUGCUCAGCAGGAAGAAGACCCCGGACAUCAACUGCACAGAUCUGCUGGGAAACACUCCGCUGCACUCGGCGGCCUAUCGGGGCCAGAGGCAGUGCGCCCUGAAGCUGCUGAAGAGCGGCGCCGGCCGCAACGUCGAGAACAAGAAAGGCCAGACGGCGUUGGACCUGGCCGGUGAUACGGCGAUGAAGCUGGUCCUCAAAGGCAACGCUCAUCGAGGUACGACCCGCCGCGUGAAGAAGUACGAGGGCCUCCUCUGGAAGAGCUCCAGAUUCUUCGGCUGGCGCUCCUACUGGGUCGUCCUCCAAGACGGGGUUUUAUCCUGGUACUCGAAACAGUCGGAUGCAGCAGCCAAUGUGAGAAGGCAAGGCUGCAAGUCGCUCACACACGCUCAGUGUUUGCUCCGAGCCAAAGACAGCAGUUUUUUUACUCUCAAGUGCUUCGAUGACAGCAUGCAUCACUUCAAAGUGUCACCUAAAAACGACCCCGAGGCGACGGCAAAAGGAUGGCUGGGCGCGGUGGAGGAGCACUCCGCCUACAGCACACACUACUGCUCCCACGAGCAAGGCAGCGGGGGGGAGGAGGACGAGGAGGAGGAGGCGAAGUCACUCGGGGAGCUAACGGACUCGCUACAGGUGGCGGAGGCCAACCAGAAGAAACUGGAGAAGGAGGUGGAAGCUUUCCUGUCCCUGCUGAGAGACGACGGGCUGGCAGAGAGGUUUCCAUCCGCCGUGACGCAGAAAUUACAAGGAAUCGGCGAGUUGUCCGCCGAGACCAGCUCCGUUCUCGGCGCCUGCCUCGGCCUCCUCUCCAGACGGGAAGCGGUGCGCAGCCUGAAAUUGGAGCAGGAGGUGGAGAAGAACCGGAUCCUCUCCGAGGCGCUGCAGACUCUCGCCACCGAGCACCACCAACUGGAGCAAUCCGUCGUCAAGGGCUCGUCGUUGCCGCGCGGCGCCCUCAGCGAGGAUGAGUUCCACGACGCCGUGUCCGAAUCUGACUCGGAGAUCUCCCUGAGCGGCUUCGAGACGGUGGCCAGCCAUUCCUGUGGGGAGGAGGAGGAGGAGGAGGAAGAGGAAGAGGAGGUGGAGGACCACGACCACCACGAAGGCUCCGCAACGUCGUUCAGCACCGCCAGCAUGUCGAGGGAGGAUCGCCAUGGCGACGUGAACGAGACUCCACCCAACGGGAUCCCAGAGCAUAGGACCAGCUUACCCGCACCAAUGUUUUCCAGAAACGACUUCAGUAUUUGGAGCAUCCUGAGGAACUGCAUUGGAAUGGAACUGUCCAAGAUCACAAUGCCGGUGAUUUUCAACGAGCCGCUGAGCUUCUUGCAGCGUCUCACCGAGUACAUGGAGCACGUGCACCUCGUGCACCGGGCCAACGGCUGCUCCGACUCCAUCGAGAGGAUGAAGUGCGUGGCUGCGUUCGCCGUGUCUGCCGUGGCCUCGCAGUGGGAGCGGACCGGUAAACCCUUCAACCCCCUACUGGGAGAAACCUAUGAACUGGUCAGAGAGGACCUGGGCUUCCGGCUCCUGUCGGAGCAGGUGAGCCACCAUCCUCCGGUCAGCGCCUUCCACGCCGAGGGCCUGGAGCGGGACUUCGUGUUCCACGGGUCCAUCUACCCCAAACUCAAGUUCUGGGGCAAGAGCGUGGAGGCGGAGCCGAGAGGCGUCAUCACGCUGGAGCUGCCCAGGUACAACGAAGCCUACACCUGGACCAACCCCACCUGCUGCGUUCACAACAUCAUCGUGGGCCAGCUGUGGAUCGAGCAGUACGGAAAUGUGGAGGUGGUCAACCACAGAACUGGUGAAAGGUGCUGCCUGAAUUUCAAACCAUGCGGUCUUUUUGGCAAAGAGCUGCACAAGGUGGAAGGAUACAUUCUGGAUAAAAGCAAAAAGAAGCUGUGCGCUCUCUACGGGAAGUGGACCGAGUGCCUGUACGCCGUCGAGCCGGCCGCCUUCGAGGCGCACAACAGGACGAGCGACAGGAAGCGAAGCGGCAGAGCGGGCAGCGAGGACCAGGAGGAGGUUCCCUCUCCGGCCGGUGACACCGUGGAGAUGGUUCCCGGCAGCCGGCUGCUGUGGAGGAUCGCGCCGCGACCGGCCAACUCCACCGAGAUGUACAGCUUCACGUCCUUCGCGAUGCAACUCAACGAGCUGCGCGUGGAGAUGGAGGGAGCCCUCCCUCAUACGGACUGCCGGCGGAGGCCCGACAUCCGCGCCAUGGAGAACGGCGACAUCGACCUCGCUGGCGAGGAGAAGAAACGUCUGGAGGACAAACAGAGAGCCGGGCGCAAGAACCGCUGCCGGCUGGAUGAAGAGUGGGAGACGAGGAGUCCGGCCCCGGGUCCAAGGUGGUUCCAGCAGGGUCAGAACCCCCACACCAGCACCCAGGACUGGAUCUUUUCUAGCGGAUACUGGGACAGGAAGUACAGCCAGCUGCCGGACAUUUACUGAUGGACAUUCACUGAUGGACAUUCACUGAUGGACAUUCACUGAUGGACGUUUACUGAUGGACAUUCACUGAUGGACAUUCACUGAUGGACAUUCACUGAUGGACGUUCACUGAUGGACAUUUACUGAUGGACGUUCACUGAUGGACGUUGACUGCGGAGAGACAUUCGCUUGGUGUCCUCUGCACGCGGCAGCGUUCAUAGCUGCGGUAACUACGAGCAAUAACACUUAAAACUGCGUGGCCUUUAUCUCCUUUAUGGUUGUAAAAUUGUGCAUAAAAAAUGUAAAUCUGCUUUGAA